AAACACUGGUGACGUCAGCUACGCAGUAGCGGUCAGGGCUGGUCCUGCGUGUGCAGAAUCAACUUCUUCGAGGGUGAAUAUCGAGGAGGACACUGACCGGACCGACACUGUACAUCGUCUUCGCUGGGUUGAAAACAGAGUUGCAACAUGGGCAACGUCCAACCAACCAUUACCCCCUAUGAGGAUUUCGAUGUCAUGGCUGAUGUCAAGGCCAUCCGCAAAUCCUGCAAAGGUUUGGGGACGGAUGAGGAGGCCAUCAUUGAGAUCCUGGCCAAUCGUUCAUCAGCACAGCGCUUGGAAAUCAAGCACGCAUACUUUGAGAAGUAUGACGAUGAGUUGGAGGAGGUGUUGAAGAAGGAGCUGACUGGUAGCUUUGAGAUGGCCGUCGUGGCAAUGCUAGAUCCACCCCACAUCUACUCUGCCAAGGAGCUGAGGAAGGCCAUGAAAGGGGCGGGCACCGACGAGGCUGUUCUGGUGGAGAUCCUGUGCACCAGCACCAAUCAGGAGAUCCUGAGUUGCCACGAGGCGUAUGCCCAGGUGAACGAGCGUGACCUGGAGGCUGACAUUGAGGAUGACACCAGUGGAGAUGUCAAGAACCUUCUGGUCUCUCUACUGCAGGCUAACAGGGAUGAGGGCUUUGAGGUGGACGAGGGACUGGCCGAGCAGGACGCGACCGCUAUGUUUGAGGCAGGAGAGGGUCGUUUCGGAACAGACGAGUCCACCUUCACUUACAUUCUGACACACAGGAACUACCUGCAGCUUCAGGCCACCUUCAAGAUCUAUGAGCAGCUCUCUGGGACAGAGAUCCUGGAUGCCAUUGACAACGAGGCUACUGGGACCUUAAAGGAGUGCUACAUCACCCUGGUGAGGUGUGCCAAAAACCCUCAGCUCUAUUUCGCCCGUCGCCUGAACGCCGCAAUGAAAGGGGCGGGCACCGACGAAGACACACUCAUCCGCAUCAUCGUUGGUCGCUCAGAGUUUGACCUGGAGACCAUUAAGGAGAUGUACCUGGAGAAGUAUGACGUUCCUCUGAAAGACGCUCUGAGCUCUGAGUGUGGAGGAGACUUCAAACGCCUCCUACUGGAGGUCCUGCACUAAGACCCCUGUUUUCUUAUACUUCUCCCUCGCUCUCCUCUUCUCUCACCUCUUCCUCCUCCUCGUCUUCGGCUCUGACUGCAGCAUGGACCGAAAACCAACCAUAUCAUCGUGUGUUACUAACGCAGACAGAAGAUGUCACCAUAACUUCUACAUCGAGUUGUUAUGAACAGAAGACUGCCAGGUAGCCUGGCCAGUAUACUGGAUAAUGAAGUAAAUGUCAUAGAACUGAACUUGAAAUACUGUUCUUAAAACCAAAAAAAAAACGAUUAUUGAUAUACUGUAUGUUUACUAUCACACAUUCCACAUUCCUGGUACAGUUUGACUUUCCUCUUCUUGCUUCUUACAUACAGGAAUGUAACCAGCUAUUUAUUAUUUCUCAUUGUUACUUUUUCACUCUCUUUAUUCAAAGCCGUGAGAAGUAGGGGUGCUGAGAGUGCUGCAGGACCCUCUGAAAAAAUUAAAUGCAACAAUGUUAUUUAUUCCCCCUUUUUUUUUUUUUUUUUUUUAAACAAAAUUAGUGAACUUGCCCUUUACUACUCCUGUAUUAGUGGAGGUAAAAUACUCCUCAGCACCCCCCCCAACCCAAAACAUAUUCCUACAGACAUGCUCUUGUUCCUUUCCUCUUCGUUGUGGCUGACCGUUGAGGUUGGCUGUAGCAUCAGUGUCUACCACGUAGCUGCCUUGACUAGCCUUUAAGAAAUGCUAUAUUUUCGUCCUGUUGCAACACUCGCCACUCAAGUUCCGAAUAAUCUCAUCGUAAAACUUUACGUACAGAGGAUCACGAGAUGACUCCAUUUUUAAAUCGAGAAGAUCUCGGAAACAUAUCUGGUUUAGAAUUUCUAUCCGUCGUUUGGGAUUUUCUAACCUGUAGAAAAAGGUGACCGGUGUUUAUAGAUCACCUUUAUAGAUCAUAGCCUCUAAACUGCCAUCUCUUUCACAUAUUUACACACAUUUUGAUUGACAAUUCUUUUUUUCUAAUAAAACAGCAGUAGUAACCAAUCUAACUAUAAGAUAUAAACAUGUUCAUUGCAGUUGAUGUUAAUGCUUUUAGAGAGUGAUAGUGCUCUAAAAUGAAUAUAUUAAGCCUUGAUUUGUAGGAUUUAAUCAUUUUAAAGGAAAUAUGAACAUUAAUCGUAAAGGCUUCAUGUACAAUCAUAGGGAUGUAGAAUUAAAGGCAUCUACUGUAUGGUAAUUAAUAAUAUCACAUAUCCUCCUAAAAUAGUAUGUUAUUGAAAAUACCUCUAACUAUGUUGAUUUAUAUUGUAGUGAGAGUAGGCUUCUGUUGUGUCGGCUAUACAGGUGUGUCAGAGAACGGUAUUGAUGGCAACCAGGUCAAUGUCAACGACUGGCAUUUGGAUUAAUGUUAUCCUGAACAUAGCCAAAGAUUUGUGGUUACAGUAAAAUAUAUAAAUAAAACAUAGCUAUAUUAAACCGAA